AUGUCGUAUCUUAAGGAUUUUCCUGUACGUCUUGAAUCGUGGCUAGAUGUUUGGGAUGUUGACUCAAUUGAGAACUGUUACUCUGAAUGGAAGUACUUUGCUUACAAUCUUCCUAGUCCCGUUUGGGUGAAAAAAUUUUGCAUCAUCCUUGAGAACGAACAAAGAUUUUAUAUUUUCAACUCAAAACAUGAUUCUUCUUCUUUAUUGUCUCCACCUCAUAUUGGAAUAUCCACCAUCAACGAUACAGCUUAUCAUGCUUUGCAGAAUAUCGCAUAUAAAGCUUUAUCAGAUGACAUUGACAAUAAUAACAUAUAUCAUGACACUAUCAACAGUAAUACUGAUAAUGACGACGACAUAAAGAAAUGUAUCAUAAAGAAGUAUCAUAGAAAUAAUUCACUUCAACGAUGUUUAAUGAAUAAUUCUUUUGAAGAUGUGAAUAAUACAUUACAAUAUCAUCCACUAUACGUUAAUACCACUAAUAAUAAUAAUAAUAAUGAAUUAAUAAAUUCUGAUAAUAAAACGUUAUUGAAAAUUCACAAAUUUCUGCUUCGUAUGAAAAAUCAUUUCUCUCGUCAAACCGAACACACACAAACUCACGUCGAUCCCUCAAUGCUCUCUUCAAACCGAAGAACUUUUAAUGGUUUUAUCAGAGAAGAUCCAAUAAACGGUAAUUUUAUGGAUUCAUAUACUGAAAUACCGAAGGUACAAACAUUCUCAUCAUCUCCAUCAAUUUCAGUUAAAUGUAUUCAUUUAUUAAAUGGGAAAAAUAUGUCAAGUGACAAUAUUAAUCAAAAUGAUAUGAAUCAUCUAAGAAGUAUACGCAGAAGACAGCGUAAAAUUAAGAGACGACAAAGUCUAAAAUCAUUUAUUCACUAUUCACCUCAAAAUCUUAACAGAAAUAACAAUUAUAUAUCGAAUCAUUUUGAUACAUUUAAACGAAGUUUAAGUUAUCAACAAAUUAAAUCAAAUAAUAAUAAUAAUAAUCCUAAAUCAACAUUCAUUUCAACUAAUUCAUUAUUGUCAUCUUCAUCAUCAGUGAAUUCAAAUGGAAAUGGUGAACAUUCUAAGAACAAAUUUAAACAAAAUUCAAUAUUCAUGAUGGAAUCACAAUUUCAACAAGUAUCUCAUAUUUCAUCAGAUAAUAUUUAUUUACUGUUUAGUAAUGAUAAUAAAAAUCCUAAUAAUACAUCCAUACAAACGGAAGAUAAUAAAACCUAUUACAAUCCCAAUAGGGAUAUUUCACUUCAGAACUGUUUAAUUACAAGAAAUUCUCUGUUUCCGAGUACUUCAUCAUUACAAUAUACUGACUUUAAGUAUAAUAACAGUAAAUGUGAUCUUAGUUCAACACUUGUAUAUUCUCUUGCUCAACCUGGUAAAAUCAAUGUUAGCACAAUACAUCAAAGUUUAACUGGUGGUCGUCCAUUUUGUUUUGUUUUUACUGGCCCACUUGUACAAAUGCCUUCUAUAGAAAAAAAUGUAUACUUAGAAGAUAAAACUUUAUUCACUCAUAUAUUUGCUACAGAGAGUUGGGAAUCACGUGCUAGAUGGAUAAAAAGUCUUCGAAGGACAGCAAAACCGAAUUUGGAGAAUGAAUAUCAUCUGGAAAAUUCCUUAAAAUUAUCAAUUUUAGAAGCAAGAAAUAUCUCACCAAAGCACCGUUACUACUGUGAUAUUUGUUUGGAUCGAACUUUGUAUGCGCGUACUACCAGUAAGACAGCUGUUUCAGGCAUAUUUUGGGCGGAAGAUUUUGAUUUAAAUAAUCUUCCAAAUGUUUCUGUAAUGACAAUCAGUUUAUAUCGAGAAGGUGGGUCAACCAGUAGAGAUUCAAGACGGAUUGGGGCGUCGAGAUUAAGCUUGAAAAAGAACAGAAAAACUCAAAAUCAAUUAAUUGGUUACAUCACAAUACCCGUUACCGAAAUAUCUAGUCGUACUGACAUUCAGACAUGGUUAACUUUACAACCUCCCAUCGAAAAUUCUUCAAGUCAAGACAAUUUACUCAGAAGUUUCGAUAUAACUUACACAGAUUCUCAACAAUUUGAUAAAUUAAAUUCCGCAAAACUAAAUAAGCUCAAUUCUUCAUCAUUAAACCUAUUACAUAAUCAUUCUUAUAAUAAUGGAAUAACAGAUCAGACAAAUUUUCCACAAUUACGUAUUCGUGCACGCUAUCAAUCACUUGGUGUAUUACCAUUGUGCAAUUAUUGGCCUUUAAGAACGCUUGUACUAAAUAAUAGUUUAUUGUUAACGAAUUGGUUAGAAUCGUUAUUAAUAUCUGUUAAACUCAAAGAAGAAUUAGCGAAUUCACUGGUUUAUUUACAUGAAAAUAAUAACACGCUGAUUGAGUUUUUGACCAGUUUAGUUGUUCGAGAAGUUUCUGACUUAGAAAAUGAAUCAAUGGCAUUUCGAUCAAAUACAAUGGCAACGAAAGCUGUAGAAUGUUAUGUAAAAUUUGUCGGUUCAUCUUAUCUUCAUCAUUUAUUUCACUUGUUAAUACAAAGUGUACUAACUUGUUUUACACCUUGGGAAGUUGAUCCAGAAAAACUGUCUUCAACUCAAUGUACUGGUGGUUCACUGAAUGCAACUGAUACUGCUGCAUAUGCUUUAUCACCCGGAAAUAUGUUAAAAAACCAUCGAUCAAUAAUAACUGGCACUUUAAUUGGCAAUCAGAUAAUGCUGUUAAGAUAUUUUGAUGUUGUUUGGCGAGCUAUUCAAUCCAGUUUGAAUUAUUUCCCAAGUGUACUCAUUCGCUUGUUCAGUUCAUUUCGUGAAGCAUUAGAAACAAUUCGUGGAUCAGAAUUUUGUGAUAAUUUAAUAUCUGGUUGUAUAUUUUUACGACUGAUCUGUCCAGCUUUACUUUCACCUUCCUUGUUUGGUUUAAUCAGUGCAUUUCCUAGUGAACCAGCAUGUCAACGUAACCUCACACUGCUAGCUAAAUCAUUGCAAUCAUUAGCUAAUUUUAGUACAUUCGAUGAUAAAGAACCUUAUAUGAGAUUUUUAAACGGUUAUGUUUCUUAUCAGUUGUCAUUGAUGCGAAUGUUUAUUCGAUCAAUAUCACCAUCUUCACUGAACUCACAUAACAAUGAUAUGAUUCAUAAUGUUGUUACCGGUUCUGUAACAGUUGACAAUGAAAUGUUAUUAUCAUCGCCAACAAACAGUUCACAUCAGACAAAAAGAUCAACCUUAGUAAAAACACAAAAUAAUGUCAAAGAUACAAUUGAUGAGAAUUGUGAAUUGGCCAAUCUUCAUCUUAUAUUAUCAGAUGUGAUGUUUUCUGAUUCAACAAUAUCUGCUACAAGUAAUGAUGAUACUUUACUAACGGGGACUGUUAAUACCACUACUACUAGUGCUAUUACAAAUACUGUACUGUUUGGUAAUAACAAUAAUCUGAUAACAGUCAAUCCUACUUGUGAUACAAAUUUUUCAUCAAAUUCUACAACAAUGCUUGGAAAGAGUGCUACUACUUUCCUUAAAACUCUCAAUUCUACUGUUACGGCCAAUGAUAUUUCACGUGCAUUACAAUGCAGUUCAUUAACAAGGUGUUUAAAUUAUGAUAAAAGUGUAUAUUCUGUAAAUAAUAAUGAUACUAAUCAUAACAGUAACCAUUAUAAUAGUAAUAAUACAAAUAAUCUUUUAAUUUCCACUUCUACUAAUCGAUGUCAACAGUCCAACUUUUUAAUCUCUUCAUCAAAUAAUAUAAAAAAUAAUGUGGACAUUACUGAUGUUCAUAACAGUGAACAAUCAAUCAAUUCAAUUUAUGCUCAUCAUACAAAUUCACAAAUGACUACACCAUAUUAUACAUUACAUUAUAAUCCAGGUUUUCAUAAUCCAUUAUUAAUGGAUAAUCAUAAGAAUUCAAAUGGAUUAUUAAUACCACAGUUGAAACAGUCAACAUCAUUAACUGGUCUACCAUCAGAUAUAUCGAGACCAAAUCCAAAUGAUUAUGAUGAACCAUAUAUAAGUAAUGAUGAAAGUGAUCAUGGAAUAAAUGAUACUGUUAAUAUUAAUCGUUUAGAUGAUGAAAUAAUAAACAAGAAUAAAACGAAAGAUAAAAAUAAUGACUAUUCUUUUCAACAUCAAUCGUCAUUAUCAGUUACUAAAAUUAUGGAACUGGAAAAGUGUAACUAUUCAGAGAAUCAAAAGAAAUAUGAACAGAAAUCAAUCAGUUUAGACAAAUUAAAUGAUUUAAAUAAUGAACAUAUCUAUGAUACUGUACCAUUUUCAUCCUCAUCUUCUCGAUCGUCAUCAUCAUCAUUGACAAAAAUAUCGUCUAAGAGUCAGUUAAGUAAUUUCAAUCAGUCGACAUUGAAUAAUUAUGAUCACACCCUACACAGUGAUACAUUGGACGUCACUAAACGUCAGUCAAAUAAAAUGAAUCUACUGAAUGUCAGUGAUCAAUCAAUGAUAAAAUCGAAUUCAUACAAAUCUAUGUCAUUAACAAAUAAUAGACUGACAUCCUCUGAAAUUGUUCCAACAAAUGAAACUGAAAAUAAUUCAAGUACAAAUUCUCUGCACAAUAAUAAUAAUAAUAUUAAUAGUAUUUCACCAAGAUUAUUUCCGAGACAAGUUACAACAGCAAAUGUGAUAUUAACUAAACCAAGUAUUAUGUGUUCAUCUAGUGAUUCAACAAAAAUAUCUAAAGUUCAAAGACAGUUUCGAUCAAGCAAUAACAGUCGUGAAAAUAUAUUUGAUAGGGAUGUAGAUAACGAUCAAUUCUUUUUCGGUACAUCAACAAAUACUGUUCAAUCGAACUUGCUACAAAAUUAUCGUCAUCAUCAUUUUCCAAGUAAUUUAUCAAAUAAUUAUUCAAAGAACAAUACAUACACUUACAGUAAAAAUAUUUUAUCAUCAGUGUCGACAGAAGAACUGCUUAGUCAAUCAGAUACCACUUCAUAUAAUAUGAUUCAAAUGGAAGAAGAUAGUUCUAAUUAUUCAUUAGCCAAUAAUACAAAUAAUACUACUAAUGCCGCUGAUACUGAAGUAGCUCGCCUACGUUAUGAGUUAUUGUUAUCACGUCAAGAUGCUUUACGAGCAGCUGAUCGAUUAAGUAAACAAGAAACUGAAAUUUAUCAACUUCGUCAAUUAUUAGACCAACUUAUCAAUAAUAAUAAAAUCAAUACUACCACUAAUGGUAAUAAUAAUCAAUCCAUCCAUUUAAAAGUACCAAAAUUAAAUAUUCAUUCUGAUUAUUGUACAAAUUUACAGGGAAAUGAAUUGAAAUCCUAUGGUGAUAAACAGUUAUAUUCACGUAAGCAAUCAGUUCCGGUUACUACUAAUACUACUGGUGCUAAUUGCUUACAGAAUUCAACAAAUAUUAGUAACAAUAACAAUGAUGCCAAUGUUUUACAAACUGUAACUGCUACAUUUAAAGAAUUAGAUGAUGCUAUGGCAAGACUUGAAUUAGAACAAAGUGAACUGCUUCGUGAACAAGCUCGAAUUCGUGCAAGAAUCGUUGCUGCACGUCCAAAACAGCUAUCAUCAAGUUGCAAACAAUCUAAUUCCAAUUCUCUCUUAUCUCGUUCAACCAAAUCAGCUAUUCAUCCAAGACAAUUUGAUUCUUCUUUGUCAAAAAUGCCAAAUAAUUUGGUAAAUCAUGGAUUAUCUAGUCCUAGUGAUCAAAUGAAGUAUACAAAUUCUCCUCGUACGAUUACCAAUAACAAUAUUUAUAAUAUAAAUAAUAAUCAUAACAAAUUACAGCAUGAAAUUGUUGAAGGUAUUCCUAAGAUUUCUUUUUCAUCAACUCGAACAUCUUCACCACAUAUUUAA